AUGAGGCUUGGUAUCAAAACAGCCGCAAUCCAACCACUUGCAUCAUCUUCUAUUUCCAAACCCAACCCUACUUUGAUUUCUUCAUCCGAAUCCACCGUAUGCUCACAAUUCAACAACAAGUCUUUGUUCUCAUGGAGUCGACUCAAGCCUAACUCAGCCAAAUGCAACUUCCCAAAACUUGGGCACAAGUGGAAGCAAUACCAAGGAAUUAACAAUUGGGAAGGUUUGCUAGAUCCUCUUGAUGAUAACCUACGCUUGGAAAUCUUAAGAUACGGUCACUUUGUGGAUGCUGCCUAUUAUUCCUUUGACUUUGAUUAUUCUUCUCUCACUUAUGCCACUUGUCUUUACCCUAAAAAAUCACUUUUGAGACGGUGUGGUUUGGCAAACUACGGAUAUCGGUUAACCAAAAAUCUGCGUGUGACGUGUGGAAUUCACAUACCAACGUGGAUGAAUAAAAUGUUUAAGUGGACUUGUACACAAUCUUGUUGGAUUGGGUACGUAGCAAUUUGUGAACACAAAAAUGAAAUUACUCGACUUGGUAGACGCGACAUUGUGAUUGCUUUUAGGGGAACAGCUACAUGUUUGGAGUGGUUAGAAAACCUACGUGCCACCUUAACACACUUGCCAAAUCAUGUAGAAGAAGAAGAAGAAGAAGAUAGUGUUAGUCCAAUGGUGCAAAAAGGGUUUUUGAGCCUUUACACAUCCAAAACCACCACACAUGCAAGCUUGCAAGAAAUGGUGAGAGAAGAGAUUGGAAGAGUAAUCCAAACAUACACCAACGAGCCACUCAGUUUAACCCUAACCGGCCACAGUCUUGGAGCCGCACUCGCAAUCUUGAGCGCGUAUGAUAUAACCGCCACUUUCAACGAUGCACCGAUGGUAACCGUUGUGUCUUUUGGUGGGCCCCGCGUCGGAAACGAGAGUUUUAGGAAACAAUUGGAACAACGUGGGAUUAAAAUACUAAGAAUAGUAAAUUCUGAUGAUGUUGUGACUAGGGUUCCAGGGUUUGUAGUGAACUUAGAUGACGUGGCAAGCAACAGUGGUGUCCACGUGGGAAUCUUGUCACGAUGGUUGCACACGUGCGUAGAGGACAUGCAAUUGGUGUAUGCUGACAUUGGACAAGAAUUGAGGCUAAGUAGCAAGGAAUCACCAUAUCUCAGUAGGGGAGACGUUGCCAUGUGUCACGAUCUCAAGACAUACCUUCAUUUGGUAAAAAAUUUUGUAAGCUCGUCAUGCCCUUGCACACACAAAAAUUCAACUCCUUUUAGCCAUGAAUUUGAAUCUUCUUCGCUUCUUGAAUAA